CCCGUGUUUACAAUUGGUCACAUGCUUUGGGGUUUUCAAGGCAGUUUUUGGAGUAGUGUUUUUACAGCCUCAAUAAAUCAUGGAACGGGGAUCUUAAUGGCGUUGACGCUUUAAUAAGUUAACUGUCAAUGGAUGGUAUUUAAUAGGAAGAAGAAAGCAGCAAUUGAGGGCCAGUGUUGAAGACUGCAGGAGAUCAUCUCGGCGUGGUGUGGUGCCGUGUUCUCAGUUCGGAUUGUUUACAGUAGGCUCUGUCACUGGCAGGGGAGAUGUCAAGUACAGCCAUGAAGAAAAAGGUGUUGUUGAUGGGAAAGAGUGGCUCAGGAAAGACCAGCAUGAGAUCAAUCAUCUUCGCCAACUACAUCGCCAGAGACACUCGCCGCCUGGGAGCCACAAUUGAUGUGGAGCACUCCCAUGUGCGCUUUCUGGGCAAUCUGGUGCUGAACCUGUGGGACUGUGGAGGGCAGGAUACCUUCAUGGAGAACUACUUCACCAGUCAGAGAGAUAACAUCUUCCGAAACGUAGAGGUGCUGAUCUAUGUGUUCGAUGUGGAGAGCCGUGAGUUGGAGAAGGACAUGCAUUACUACCAGUCCUGCUUGGAAGCCAUCCUUCAGAACUCACCCGACGCUAAAGUCUUCUGCUUAGUGCACAAAAUGGACCUGGUUCAGGAAGAUCAGAGAGAUUUGAUCUUUAAAGAACGUGAGGAAGACCUGAAGAGACUUUCCCGUCCGCUGUUAUGUACCUGCUUCAGAACCUCCAUUUGGGAUGAGACGCUGUAUAAGGCAUGGUCCAGCAUUGUCUAUCAGCUAAUCCCAAAUGUGCAGCAGCUCGAAUCCAACUUGCGCAAUUUUGCCCAGAUCAUUGAGGCGGAUGAGGUCCUGCUUUUUGAAAGAGCCACCUUUCUGGUGAUCUCUCACUACCAGUGCAAGGAGCAACGAGACGCUCACCGCUUUGAGAAGAUCAGCAACAUUAUUAAACAGUUUAAACUGAGCUGCAGUAAAUUGGCUGCUUCCUUCCAGAGCAUGGAAGUGCGCAACUCCAACUUUGCUGCUUUCAUUGACGUGUUCACCUCCAACACCUACGUCAUGGUGAUCAUGUCUGACCCAUCUAUACCCUCUGCCGCUACCCUCAUCAACAUUCGUAAUGCCAGGAAGCAUUUUGAGAAGCUGGAGAGGGUGGACGGCCCCAAGCACAGCUUGCACAUGCGCAUGCGUUAGACAUCUAAACCCUCUCCUCAGAGGGCCUGCGUGCCAGGGAAAUGGCACCCUGGGGAAUUCCUCAUAUCUGCUGACUUCACUGCAUCCAGGGUGUUUUUCUAGAGACUCUUGCCAUUUUUAGAUGACAAACUUUGUCGCAUCCUUUCCUUGGAAGAUCUGAACAAAAGGCCGGUUGGAAUUGAUGAGGAGCUGGCUGUAAUCAUGAAAAUCUUGGUAAUUGUGUGGAUUGUUAAGCCAUAAAACAAAUGAAAUUUUAAGGAUGAUGCACAUUUAAAUGUCCCUUAACAUAUGAUCAGUGCCAUAGCGUGAGUUGUUAUUUGGACUCACAUCGAUCCUGUGAUCAUCGAUCAUGUCCCCCCCCCCCCCCCUUCUCUUUGUGUUCACUUGUGUUUGUUUUGCAUUGUACGAGUGCUGCCUCUUCUGCAGCUUGCAACAAUAUGGUUUGUUCUGAAAAUGUCUAAAGAGAACAGGACCACAUUCUUGUUCUGUGGUCACUGACCAUCUCAAAUGAAGCAAAAGUUCACGUCUCUCCUUUUCUAUACAAAAGAUAUUUGUUAUUUCCCUAUUUAUUAUCUUGGUGAUGGCAACGCAAAUAAAAGCAAAGCAAAUAAAAUCAAAGAAAGUA